AUGCAGAGCUGGACUAAGUUCUCCUCCCGCCCUCUCCUCUUCCUAGCUGCGCUCUUGGUGGUGGAGGGUUCCCAGCUCGACGGCACCAAGGCCAACGCGAUCAAGGCCACCCUGAUGGGCGAGACGCCGACCCAGGCGGCCAACAGGUCGGCCCCCUUCCACCCGGGACUCUCUCUGGGGAGCGGCAAAAAAGGCAAACUCUUCGGCCAGGGAGGGAAGGCACUCAAGCAUUAUCACCGGCAAGGCGAGGCUUAUCCUUGCACUAAUGAUAAAGAAUGUGAAGUUGGGAAAUACUGCCAUAGUCCCCAUCAAACUACAUCUGCCUGCAUGGUUUGUAGAAGGAAGAAGAAACGUUGCCACAGAGAUGGCAUGUGCUGUCCUGGAAACCGCUGUAACAAUGGUAUUUGCAGUCUAAGCUGACACAUGCCAAAGGUCAUGAAGGAGAUCCUUGCUUAAGGUCCUCUGAUUGCACAGAAGGGUUUUGUUGUGCUCGUCAUUUUUGGACCAAAAUUUGCAAGCCUGUGCUACACCAAGGAGAGGUAUGCACCAAACAGCGGAAGAAAGGUUCCCAUGGCUUGGAGAUUUUCCAGCGAUGUGACUGUGCCAAAGGCUUAUCAUGUAAAAUCUGGAAAGAUGCUACUUAUUCUUCAAAAGCAAGACUUCAUAUGUGCCAGAAGAUCUGAUGCGGGAUUUGAAAAAUUGUCACCAGCAGGCCUUGACAAGUGUCUACUGCAUAGACUAUGGUGGAAAAAAAUUAAUUGUAAAUAAGAAAUGACUGGCCCAAGUAUCCUUUGGGGCAAGGAAAAGCAUCAUCUCCACAUGAGUUAUAAUUCUGCUUGGAAGUACAGUUGACAGCAGCUGGAUGUUCUUUUUAAGUGUGAUACCAUACUACAGUGGAGCCAAAGAUUUGCAUCAAAGCUCUACUGAUAGCCUUGUGACUUCUCCAUAUUAGUUGUAGGUAGUUUAUCCCACUCUGAUGAUAAAAUAGGAUAUAUUUACAAUACAGAGCAGGACUUUGCCAAAUAUAUAUUUCUAUC